GCCGCGCGCGGGACGACACUAAGCCCGCCCUCGAGACAGGCACCUGUCCGCCGGCCGGUGGAGCAGAGCACGGCACGAGCUCGCAUUUAGUAUUAAAUGUAAAUGAAAGAGAGCGGCGUGAGCGAGUUGUUUCGCACAGGAAGGAGGAUGCCUCUACGCGCCGAGUUUCUUUUUAACUGCUGCUCCGCAGUGAUGUCGCCUCGCGGCCCGCUGGGAUGGAGGGUCUAGAGAGAACCCGCCGUCGCUCACUGAGGCUGCAGAAACCAGCUCGCGCAGCGCACCGCGGAGGCACGUGACGCAGCAAGGCGGCCGCACGCGUGAGCGCGGGUCGUCCGUCCGUCCGCCAGUCCGGCACGUCCCGCAACCGAGGUUUCGCAUCCCGGCUGACGAGAAUUUCUUCUUGCCAUAGAGUUUUCUGUGCUGGUCGAGCCACGGCGGUAAGUGCUGUGUGCGUGUGAGUGGUGUGUGUGGUGCGAACCCUGAUGCCAGUGCUGUGUUUCCACCUGUUAGUGAGCGCGCAGUCAUCAUCAUCAUGUCCUCAGCCGAGAGCAACGGACUCCUCAGGGAUUUACCGCGCGACACCUGGAUGUCCCACCUGCCACGUGCGCUGUGGGACCUGCCCCUGUGCAACCUGGCCAUCCCCGGAAGCCACAACACUGUAACGUACUGUCUGGAUAAAAACGACCGGUCACCGGUGGACCUCACUCAGCCCGACGUCUUGCAGAAGCUGGACAAGUACAUGAAGCCCCUGAUUCGCCCGUUUGUCUACAAGUGGGCCAUAACGCAGGAGUCCACCGUGAAGGAGCAGCUGGACUGUGGGGUGAGAUACUGUGAUCUCAGGAUUGCCCACAGGCCCAAUGACAACACCAGUGACCUGUACUUCUACCACGGCGUGUACACCACCGUCACUGUGGAGGCCGUCCUGAAGGAGAUCAGGGAGUGGCUGGACUCGCACCCCAGGGAAGUGGUCAUACUGUCUUUCAGCCACUUCCAGGGGCUCGGCCCUGAGCUCCACAACCACCUCGUUGAGACCAUUAAAAAUGUGUUUGCCACAAAACUGUGUCCGAAAACGGAGACGGUGACCCUGAGGAACCUGUGGCACCUGGGCUACCAGGUCAUAGUGUCGUACGAACACAACAUCAAGAACUGCCACAACGAGCUGUGGUCCCACAUCCCCUACUGGUGGGCCAACAAGUGCAAGGCAGAAGCUCUGAUUGAAGAGUUUGAGCGGCGAAGGAGACAAAGCAGUCGCCCGGGGGGCUUCUUUGUGACUGGAAUUAACCUGACGGAAGAUCUCAAGUACAUCUGCUCGCACCCCACCGAGUCCUUGAAGGACCUGGUCAUGUCCACCUAUCCAGUACUGCUGGAGUGGGUGGAAGGUCUGUAUCCAGGAUCUAACCCGGGAUCUGUGAACAUCAUCGCCGGGGACUUUGUGACCGAGAGCCAGUUGGUACCAACUGUCAUUGCACUGAACGAGAAUUUGCUGAACUGGACUUAGGUGUUACUGCCUGGGCGCUACCGAGUAAGGCCACGCCCACAUUAUUCCUUAUUUGGACUGUACUUAAAGGCUGAUUUCUUGCGGAACUUUGACGCUUGCUGAGUCGUAGAGCAUCGAUACUCUCUGUGCUGCAAAACGUCGCGGUAUGGGGUUCGUUCAGAACAAUGACCGAGUGAACCACGAAGCACAAAGACAUUUUCAGGAGGCGCUCACUUUACCUGCAUGGACCACUUUUGCACCCUUAAGCACAAACAUAACCCAAGUUGGAACCACACUGACUCCUGUAACCCUAUCCAAUGUGAUAUGAAAUACAAGAAACGAAUGGAGAAUUUCGAAAUUAAACAUAUAAUUUUGGACGCUAGAAAAAUACUUAAAACAUUUUUAACCUGUGCAUGUUACACGAAUACUAGCAUGAGUGUAUAGUCGUAUACUAUAUACUACACUAGCAGUGUAAACUCUUAAAACGCGUAUUCACUGCAUAAUACUUACACUCAGCAUGUCCCAGUUACAAUGCAGCAUAUUCACUGCUUGGAAAAAUACAUAUUUAAAGUAGAUCUUUCAUUUACAAUAUUACAAGGUUUUAAGCAAAAGUAUGAGUUGAUGCUUUUCACGUCCUUCUUAAUAUUCAGGGCAUCUGAACGAGAUAUGAGCACUGAUUGUAUCUAAUGUACUGUACAUUUUUUGAACAAAGAACACUGUCCUGCUUAGAAUUAUGGACACAAAACUACUUGAAUGUUGAUACUACUGAGCAUUAGUCAUCCUGGGCAUAAUAUGGUAAAAGACCUUGGAGUAAGGUACAGUAGAUGACUAGCUGGUCAUUUUUACAGAGUGUAUGCUUAUUAUAAAUAACUGAAGUAAAUGUAGAUGUUAGUGAUGUUUGAUGAUCCUUGCACUAAGUGGACUGUUACAAUAUCUUUGACUGUACUGUAUCUUCCAGUGUUGAGAAGUGCUUGCGGUAAGCACAGUAUUACUGUCCUUGCGGGAUCGCACAGUAAACAUGUGGUAGAAAUGCUGCACACCUUCGGUAAAUUCAGUCAGUUGAGACUCUCCUUCAGUGCAGACUGUACUUACUUAGCAAAGCUCUCGGAAUAACAGGUGUUUUAUACUUUUAAGAUUUUUAUUAUUAUGCCACUGUUUACCAAAAACCAGUUAUACAGCACAACCAGUUAAUUUCAGUAAAAAAACCAAACAUGGGCAAUUAUUAUUGCUAUGAAACUGAAGUUAUGCUCUUGCUAUGCGACCUGACACGUCCGAGUGCUUUUAAAAUUGUUUUUCUUAUUUAUAAGACAGCAGUAAACCUCCCACAGAUGGUCAAACUCACUGUUGACUGUUGCUCUGUGGAUUUGGAGGUCAGUUUGUUUUUCUUUUAAGUUUUGCAAAACUGCUUUUACUGUAACUCUACAUGUUUGACUGCCUUAUAAUAUUGCUUUUU